AUGGUAACGGUGCAAACAUGGACCGCGUAUUUCAAUCCAAUGAUUCUCCUUGUCUGGGCGACGUCGGUCUUCGUAUUUUGUGUCGGAAAGAAGAAUGAGGCGAAGUUGGCGGAUGGAUCGAUGAAACCGUCUUCUGAGUUCUCGGAGACUUCUAAGGCCAGCACCCUUCAACCCCAAUCUACACCUCAACCAUCACCUCAACCUGCUCCUCAACCUCUUGCGACUCCCAAAAACAGUCCAUCAGACACCAAACCAACACCUGUAAAAACACCCGAAGAAGAGAAGAAGCCCCAAUUGACUCCACCGAAAAAAGUUAUGCAGAAAACACCGGACGCGAAGUCAGUUGAAAAAGCGACACCGCCAAAUAAAAGUAAGGAGAAGGUGAAGUCACCGAAGAGGGAACAGCCACAAAUCAAACCUGAGACCUUAGAUUCCUCGAGAAAAAAGAAGAAAAAGAAGGACGACACCAAGGAGAAGACGAAGACCGAGGAAAGUGAUAAUAUAAUAAUUAUAAAGAAAACGGAAGAUGCUGAAGAGAAUCCGAAGACAGAUUUAGAGUCACAUCAGGACGAUGAGCAAUCAGAGAGACGGAGAAGAAAGAAAGAAAAGAAAAAGAAGAAGGGAGGGAGUCUCGAGAGACCGGAGAGCUCUAAUUAUGCUUAUUGA